CCGCCGCCGAUCCUGCCUCCAGAGGUGCAGCACGAGAGCUUCUUCAUUGAGCCUCAACUCUGACAGCGAGCGGGCAAUCGCGCCCUCACUCCUUCCGCCGGCCUCUCCGGGAUUGUUUAUGACCUCGAUCAAUCCGCCGUCCUCUUCGGCUCUCCUCCACACACCCUCACAUCCUACGCACCACCGCUAGGCUUAUUCAUAUUCCGCCACAACCUAUUGCACGCGUUACCAUUGUUUACGAGCCAGCCCACCGCAUCAACUCAGCCACUCUCCGCCAAACCGCACACACAUCGCCAUGUCGCCGAGAGAGCGAACGCAGGACUGCUACCUGCUGCCAUUGACCGACAAGGGUGCUCCGGACGUCGCAGGGCAAUACAUCUACUUGCCCCCACCAACAGACCCCUCCUAUCUCGUCUGCUUUCAGAUCGAGGGUACCAGCUCAAUAUGUCGGCACGGCAGCCUCUGGGUCAACGUCCCCGCGAAGGGUGAGAAGUUCACGCGCGACCGCUACCGCGAGUACAAGCUCAAGCCAGACUUCAAUGGCAUCUGCGAGAUCAAGAUCCCCAUCCAUGAGGCCAAUGCCUACUCCUUUUACACGACCUACACGCCGCUGCCGAAAUGGUCCUUCACCGACAUCGCCGAGCCGACACCCACGCGAACGGAAAAAUACUUCUUCGAUGUCUGCCCGCGGCUCACGCUGCAGGGCCAGCAGAUGCCCGUCGAGUCGAUCAUCGUCUUCUCUGUCCUGUCAAAGUUCAUGGGCAAGUACCCCCACGACUGGGACAACCACCUGCGCGGCAUCAGCCAGAGGGGCUACAACAUGGUGCACUUCACGCCGCUGAUGAUCCGUGGUGCCUCCAACUCACCCUACAGCAUAUACGACCAGCUGCAAUUCGACAAAACCGAUUUUCCCAAUGGCGAGAAGGACGUUGCCCGCCUCGUCAAGAAGAUGGAGCAGGAAUUCAAUAUGCUGGCCAUGACCGACGUAGUGUGGAACCACACUGCUCACAACAGCAAAUGGCUGGAGGCGCACCCCGAGGCCGGCUACAACGUCGAUACUGCGCCGUGGCUGCGGCCUGCCCUCGUGCUCGACACCGCCCUUCUCAAGUUCAGCCGUGAGCUCAAGGUGUUUGGGCUGCCAACCAAAUUCAGCUCCGUGGACGAUCUCUUAAGGGUCAUGGAUGGCGUUAAGACCCACGUUCUCGGCGCAUGCAAGCUUUGGGAGUUCUACGUCGUCGACAUCGAACGAGACACAAACGCCGUCGUUGAUGCCUGGGUUUCCGGCGAGGCCACAUUCCCUGAUGGCAGCUUUAGUGAUGCUGGCCUCCGGGGUCUCGACGCUGUCAAAGAGUGGACUUUGAAGCAGAAGGCAGAAUGGAUAGUUGACCACGCCCUUCGUGGCGGUGACAGGUUGGGCGAGCGAUUCCGUCGCCGCGUGGAUCCCGCGAUCGGUGCCGGUUUUCUUUGCGCCCUGUUUGGCCGAUUCGAUACCCGCACUAGCAGUACUCCAGACCGGAGAGCAGCACAUGGUGCCAUCUACCGGAUCCUGGAAGACGUCAAUCUCCACUUCUACCGCGAGUACGAUCUUGAUGCAGCGGAGAUCAUGGAACAGCUUUUCAACCGCAUCAAGUAUUGCCGCUUGGACGACCACGGUCCUAAGAUGGGUGAAAUCACGGAGUCCAGCGCGCUCAUUGAACCGUAUUUCACGCGACUGCCCCUCAACGAGACGACAAAGAAGCACAAUCCUGAAGCGCUCGCACUAGUCAACAACGGCUGGGUUUGGGCCGCGGAUGCAAUGAAGGACAAUGCUGGACCAAAUUCCCGCGCAUAUCUAAGGCGAGAAGUCAUCGUUUGGGGCGAUUGCGUGAAGCUCCGUUAUGGGAGCGGACCGCAAGACAACCCCUUCCUUUGGGACCACAUGGCUAAGUACACGCGAUUGAUGGCUAAAUACUUCCACGGUUUUCGAAUCGACAACUGCCAUUCCACGCCAAUCCAUCUCGCCGAGUAUAUGCUCGACCAGGCUCGCACAGUCAAUCCGAAUAUGUUUGUCUGCGCUGAGUUGUUUUCUGGUUCAGAAGACAUGGACUUCAAAUUCGUCAAGCAGCUCGGCAUCAGCGCUCUCAUCCGGGAAUGCAUGCAGGCGUGGAGCACGCAAGAGCUGAGCAGACUCGUACAUCGCCACGGCGGAGUACCCAUUGGCAGCUUCGACACGGAUGAGGUCCUGAACGCCGACCCGUCGAUGUCCAGCACUUCGAGCGAUGGGACCCGUCUGAUCAUGAAGAAGAUAAAGCGCAGCCCUGUUCAUGCCCUCUUCAUGGACUGUACUCAUGACAAUGAAACGCCAGCGCAGAAGCGGGAUGCACGCGACACGCUUCCCAGCGCUGCUCUCGUCGCGAUGUGCUCGUGUGCCACUGGCAGCGUCUUCGGAUUCGAUGAGGUAUAUCCCGAACUCAUCGAGCUUGUCCACGAAAAGAGGCUCUACUCAUCAGUCAACUCCACCGGUGGGCCUAUCAAGGCUCAGACUGGCGAAGGCGGCAUUGGAGGUAUCAGGAAGAUCCUCAACCAGAUCCACGUCGAAAUGGGCAAGAAGGAGUACAAUGAGACGUACAUCCAUCACGAUCGCGAGUACAUUACUGUCCAUCGUGUCAAUCCUCACACCCGAAAAGGAUACUUCCUGAUUGCCCACACCGCGUUCCCCGGCUACGGUAACGGGAAUGGGGGCUUCGGUCCGACCAAGCUGCCUGGGACUAAGGCCAAGCUCAUCGGCAGCUGGAAUCUCGAAGUGGACAACAGCUCAGAGACGAGAUCUGCUACAAUCGGCGACAAGAAGAUUCUGCGGGGGCUACCCAGUCAAACCAAGGAGCUGAGAGGGGUGAUGAUCGACUCCCUCGGCGAUGACACUACCAUCAACAUUCCCGACAAGUUUCCUCCGGGUAGCGUUGCGCUCUUCGAGACUUGGGUACCAAGUGCGGAGCACAGUGAAGGCUUGGACAAGUUUGUCACCAGUGGGGCCCGAGCAGCCUUCCGAGAAGUCAAUCUCUCAGAUCUCAACUACAUACUCUACCGUUGCGACGGCGAGGAACGAGAUGCCUCCGACAACAGAGAUGGAACGUACAAUGUACCUGGGCACGGCAAUCUGGUGUAUGCCGGUCUACAAGGUUGGUGGAGUGUACUCCGAGACAUCGUCAACGACAACAACCUUGGCCAUCCACUGUGCAACCAUCUUCGCGAGGGGCAGUGGGCUCUCGAUUACUGCGUCGGGCGGCUAGAACGCAUCUCCGAGAAGAAGAAGUUUCACAGGAUCCGCGGCCCAGCCAGGUGGCUCAAGGAACGCUUCGACGCCAUUCGCAAGGUUCCGAGCUUCCUUCUUCCACGCUACUUUGCCAUGGUAAUCCAGACAGCAUACAACGCCGCCGUUGACCGGGCCACUGAGCUCAUGGGCGAGAAUAUUCGCAACGGACAGACAUUCCUCCGUAGCCUAUCCCUCGUCAGCGUCCAGGUUACAGGAUACAUGAAUAACGCUUCGCUUUGGCCCGACAAGAGCGUUCCAAGCAUGGCCGCUGGCUUACCACACUUUGCCUCCGAUUGGGCCCGAUGCUGGGGUCGUGAUAUCUGCAUAUCUGCACGCGGUCUUUACAUGGGCACCGGCCGAUAUGCUGACGCAAGAGAACAUAUCUUGGCGUUUGCGAGCGUCUUGAAGCACGGCAUGAUCCCCAACUUGCUGAGCGGCGGCAGACUUCCUCGCUACAACUCCAGGGACUCCAUCUGGUGGUUUCUCCAGAACAUCCAGGAUUAUACCAAAAUUGUUCCGGAUGGCCUAGACCUGCUACAAGAGAAGGCAAAACGUCGUUUUCUCCCGUACGAUGACACAUGGUUCCCCCACACCGAUAAGAGAGCCUAUUCCAAAUCAUCAACGAUUGAGGAUGUCAUCCAGGAGGCACUGCAGCGGCAUGCUACAGGAAUAGACUUCCGCGAGUACGAUGCUGGGCCCAACAUUGACAGUCAGAUGAAACCGGAGGGUUUUGACAUCAAGAUCUGGACUGACUGGGACACUGGCCUCAUAUUUGGUGGCAAUCAGUGGAACUGCGGUACUUGGAUGGACAAGAUGGGCGAGAGCGAGAAGGCCGGCAACAAAGGUGUCCCUGGUACACCCCGUGACGGCGCUCCAGUAGAAAUGAUUGGGCUGUUGUACAGCUGCCUUCGCUGGGUGGCUCAGCUGCACGAAGAAGGCAAUUAUAAGUACGAAGGCGUCACCCUCGAUGGCGGCAAGAAGGCCAUCUCUUUCAAGGCUUGGGCAGACAAGAUUAAAUCCAACUUUGAGCGCACCUUCUAUAUCCCGCGAACUCCACAGGAAGACGCCAACUACGAUGUCAAUCCGAAGGUCAUCAACCGUCGUGGCAUAUACAAGGAUCUCUACCGGUCCGGAAAAGAGUAUGAAGACUACCAGUUGCGACCGAAUUUCCCUGUGGCUAUGGCCGUUGCACCCGAUCUGUUCGAUGACGAACAUGCCCUUUACGCGCUGCAGAUGGCGGACAGGAUUCUGCUCGGACCUCAGGGCAUGAAGACACUGGACCCCUCGGACUACAACUAUCGUCCGUACUACAUCAACAGUGAGGAUUCAACGGACUUCCACACAUCCAAAGGCCGGAACUACCACCAGGGUCCUGAGUGGGUGUGGCCAACGGGGUACUUCCUCCGCGCUCUCCUCAAGUUCGACCUGAAACGGCGAAAGACGCCGGAGGAGCGGAUCGAGAGCUACCAGCAGAUCACACGCCGGAUGGCUGGAUGCAUGAAGGCUAUUCGGGAGAGUCCAUGGGCAGGCUUGACGGAGCUUACCCAGAAGGACGGCGAAUUCUGUGGCGAUUCGUGUCCGACGCAGGCAUGGUCAGCUAGCUGCAUGAUCGAUGUCUUCCAGGAUGCGCGUGAGUAUGAGCUUGAGCUUGCCGAGCAGUAGUAACCUUACUUGGGUUCAUGGUGAUACCUUGGUAGGCUUCACUUGGAGUUGUGUGGAAAGCCUUUGUUGAGGCGGGUGGUUUGCGGUGGGUUGGCUUGUUUGGACGCGCAUUAAAUUGCAUCGCAAACUUUUCGUAGAUACCUAAACCAAGUAUAAUAGACGCC